AUGAGUAGUUCAGACAUUCGCGAUAUUUUACAGAUUGAUGCUGCAGCAGAACCAGCACAAAAGAAGCAAAAAGUAGCAGAAAAGAGACCUGAUGGUAUCAGUCGAGAAUUGUAUUCGUUAAUAGGUGGCGCACCACCCGUUGCCUUUGUCAAGCCAACUUACAAGGCAAAAUAUCAGACAAAGAAAAAGGCAACGCCAUGGGUCUAUCAGCCAUUUACAAACCCUGCUAGAGCAGAUGAUCUAGUCCUGAAUCACUGGGUCAAAUCAAACGAAGCAAAUGAAGACUACGCCUUUGCCAAAUUCAACAAAGUGAUUGACAUCAUUGAAUACACAGACGAUGAUUACGAAAAGUACCUCACAGACACAGAUUGGAGCAAAGAAGAGACAGACUACCUGUUCAGCCUGUGUCGCCAAUACGACCUUCGAUUUCCAGUGAUUGAAGACAGAUAUCAGUUCAACAAGGCGAGAACCAUGGAGGAUUUGAAGGAUCGAUACUACUCCGUUUACAGAAAACUAAUCUUGCAAGGCAAAUAUCAAUCAGGCGAGUACGUCUCAGAUCGACAAUCAUUAGCAGCGCAGUACAAUUUCGACAAGGCCAGAGAGGUGGAGAGAAAGAACGCACUCAUCAUGCUGUUCCAUCGCACCAAGGAGCAAGUGGAGGAGGAAGAAGCCCUGUUUGUGGAGGCCAAACGUAUCGAGCAAAAUGAGGCGAAAUUAGCCAAAGAAAGAGAGAGUCUGCUGAAUUCACUGCAGUUGGAGCAAAUCCAGCAAAUGCCAUCCACGCCUAAUACUCCCCAUUCCCUCAACAGCCCGGGCAUAACAUCAUCAUCGCCCGGAGGAAUCGGAAUCACGGGUGGUACAGCAGGUGGAAGCGACUUAAAGAAAAAGAAAAAGUCGAUUCACGACGAUAGCAAAAAGGGUCGCAAGCUCUCGAGCGCUUCCUCGUCUCAUCAUCUCAUGGAUGUGGAUGCUCAUGAAAACAAGGAAAAGAAGCUUACACCAGGUGUAUAUAUUCGAAGCCAGAAACUGCCUAUUGUGAAGCCUACUAUGCAACCUAAGGUGAUUAAAGUACUGGAGGAAUUAGGGAUUGGCCCAAGACCUAUCAUGCCUACUCAAAAGAUUUGCCUCAAAUUUGAAAAACUACAAAAUGCCAUCCUCAACAUGUUUGAACUCAAGAAAGUAGUAGAUAAAACUGAAGUUGAACACAAGGUUAAGAAACGAUCUGGUAGUAACGCAGGAUCAUCCAGUGGACAUCGAGAGAAGAGAAGAAAAUAA